AUGUCGUCUCUAAAAAAGGGUAAUGUCGAGAAUUACUGGGCAAAUAGUGGUUCAGCAAAUACAAUUCGAGAGUGUCUAAAAAGAUGUAGCCGAGAUAUUGAAAUUCAGCUCCAGAAUCUUUUCUACACGUUUUAUUCAUUACAAGACGAUGAUUCACUACAAAGACUUGUUGAAAUGGAACUCAAGCCACAUCUCCGAUACGAUGUUCUCGAGAAGGAGCUAGAAAUAGAUGCGAUCUAUACAUUGCUAUGUUAUAGUGGCUACCUGACCGUAAAGACAUAUAGUACCGAUGUUGAACUCAUUGUUCCAAACAAACAGUGGGGGAGUACAAAG